AUGACACCGUGUCACGGUGACCCGCAAGAGCUCCGUUCAAGUAGACAGCUCAAUGUAAACAAAGCAACAUGUACUGAGAUACUCCUUCCUCUUCUAGUACCGCUAGCGUUAGCUACGAGCAAAGAAGAAGGUUCAGAAAACGACGUCCAAGACACCAUCCGCCACUACCAAGUCCACGAAAGCGCCCAGGAAGACCCUGAGUUCAAUCAUGACCUGCCCAAAUGGUACACUGGAGACCACGAUUUCAGCCAUUACAGCCAGUAUCAUCCUUUGGGCUUCUUAGCCCAGUACGCCACCUAUACUCCUGCUAAGCAUUACCCAACAUAUACUUCUAAUCAUGAUAUAGACCAUAACGAUUUGAGUGUGGAUCAUGAUCAUAGCAGUGAAGAUAACGCACCAGCCUCGUUUCUGGACAUAGCUCCUUCAACAGAGUAUAAUACUUACCAUCCUUCAGUGGACAGCUCAGAUCAUAUAUCUCAUCACUAUGUCCCUCCGCAUAUCCCAGAUAAGGCUUACUAUGAGGUACAUGAAGAUAUAGAUGAGAGUGACAAUCCCUACAAUCCGCAUCACGAUCACGAUAGUGGAGAACACCACAUUCCUGAUACAUCCCACCACCUCCAUACCGAUUCCGGAGAACACCAUAUUCCUGAUACUCAUGUGAGUCAUCACAAUGUUGAUAGUGGGGAACACCAUAUUCCUGAUACAUCCCACCACCUCGAUACCGGUUCCGGAGAACACCAUAUUCCUGAUACUCAUGUGAGUCAUCACAAUGUUGACAGUGGGGAACACCAUAUUCCUGAUACAUCCCACCACCUCCAUACCGAUUCCGGAGAACACCAUGUUCCUGAUGCUCCUGUCAGUCAUCACAUACCUUCAUCUGGACUCCAUGUUGAUAGUGGGGAACACCAUCUUCCUGAAACGCAUGGCAGUGGAGAUACAGGGACAUAUCUGCCUCCAAUAACACGUCAUCUUGGUUCUUCAGUCCAGCAUGUGGAAGGUCAUCAUAUUCCGGAUACCAGUGACCACCACGUUCUAUCUUCAGAACAUUACGUUAAUAGUGGAGGGAGCUAUGUACCAUCAACAAGUCAUCACGUAUCUUCAUCAGGAUACCAUACUCCUUCUUCAGGAACGUCAGGACAUCAUGUGGAUCACGUUCCUGAUUCUGGAAGCCAUGAUGGAAGCUCAGGACAUUAUGAUCCUUUGUCAGAACACGAUCAUGAGCUAGCUCAUCACAUUCCCGAUUCGGGGAAGCAUGGUGGGAUCUCGAGGCACCACAUACCUGACUCAAGUAACAAUAUACAGAGUGGUCCGGAUGUCCACAUUGAAGACGAGCAUGGUCGUCACGACGCGGUUGACCACCCUGGUUCGGACAUCCAUUCUGACGCGCAUCUAUCGUCUUUGCACGUGUCGAAUGGUUCGGAGGAAGACGGUCACCAACAAAGUGAUGAAGCGGAUGAUGGUAGAGGUGAAAAGAGUGAAGAAACGAAGAGACCUACACUGGACAGAAUGUUCGCUUCGACGUCACAAAGAAAUGAUGAUGGUUUGCGGGCGUCUUACAAUAUCUCGUUACUUAUAGCAAAAUCCGGAAAACCGCAUACUAUCGGAGAGAAAUUAAUUUUGCCAGCCGUUGAAGAGGUUUUAAAAACUGUUUUACACAAACCUGCAUCUGAUAUCAUUAAAAGAAUUCCCUUAAGCAACAAUACAGUUGAAAAACGUAUUGAUGAAAUGAGUUCUGAUAUUGAAAGCUUCUUGUGUAAUUAUUUGCAAACGACCCAUUUCUCUAUACAACUGGACGAGUCAACUUUACCUGAUAAUGCAGCAUUACUAUUGGCAUGUGUUCGUUUUAUUAUGAAUCAAGAAAUCUACGACGAACUGCUCUUCGCAAGAACUUUGAUAACCGACACUAAAGGUGAAUCAAUAUUUCAUGUUUUGAAGGAUUACUUCAUUGAAAAAGCAAUUCCUUUAUCAAAUAUAAUAUCAGUAACUACAGAUGGAGCACCUGCCAUGGUUUGA